UUCGUAAUCCCUUCUUCUUCUUACUUCAGACAUCUUUUCUCUCUGCUUGCUUGCGGUGGUCAAAAUUAAUAAUUUAGAAAAAAUGAUAGAUUUUCGUAAUAGUGAUCAAAAUGAUAAAAAUUCCACUACCUCGAAUUACAAUCAAGAGGAUCUUCCAAAAAUACCAGUUAAUCAUAAAACGUUAAUGCCACUUAGUCCAUAUUUGAAUUUUGAUCCAUCGCAUUUACCAUCGAGCCAGCCUGAAUUUAUUUUCCCCGAAGGAGCUGUUAAGCAACGUGGACGUUUUGAAUUAGCUUUUAGUCAAAUUGGAGGAACAUGUAUGGCGGGUGCAGCAAUUGGCGGUGUAACUGGUUUAUAUAAAGGAAUUUACGCCACUGCCCUUGCAGGACAACAGGGAAAACUUCGACGAACUCAAUUAAUUAAUCAUGUGGUUAAACAUGGUGCAUCUAUGGCAAAUACUCUUGGGGUUGUAUCGGUGAUGUAUACGUGUUUUGGUGUUUUAAUAUCCUACGCUCGAGGACAUGACGAUUCGAUAAACACAUUAGUAGCAGCUACAGCGACUGGCAUGCUCUUCAAAUCUACAGCGGGAUUGAGAAAAUGUGCACUCGGUGGUGGAGUUGGACUUGGAAUUGCGUCACUUUAUUGUCUUUGGAGUAAUCGAGAAGCCUUUUCGGAAUUCAGACAUCACUCCAUGAAUCCGGCAUCUAAAUGACAUUUUGGCCAUUCACGACAGUUUAGCAACGAAUUUUCACUUUUAUUGUAAAUAGAAAAUUGCCUCAUGAAUUUCUAGACCAAAACGAUGUCUCACACGAAUCGAUGCGGUGUAUGAAAAACGAAAAAAAAAAAAAUGUAAAUAUAAAAAAUUUUUUCUCUUCCAAUAUUAC